AUGAAAUACCUAAUUUUACUUUUUCAUGUUUUCUCUUCAAAUUUUGUUUUCACCAAUUCACAGUGCCUCACUAAACUGGAUCAACUGGAUCUGGCGCAAGAGCAAUACAAUGGAUCUUGGUUUCGUAUUGCCCAUAUGGGUCCCGCAAUCGAUUAUUUGCCACAAAAUCUGAAUACGAGUCUUAUCAAACUCAUUCCUGAGGAUGAUCACAUAAAAAUGAUUGAAUUUUAUGAGAGCAAUGGAAUAUGCUAUGGCCCUUUAUACGGCUUGUGGAUAAAGCAAGUUACUGGAUACAUUAUGCAGAUUAAGGCUAAUGAUGGAACUUUAUUUGAAAAUGAUAAUGAAGAAAUGAAUAUUGUUUUGUAUGGUUGUCGAACUUUUAAGCCAAAUGGUGAAUGUUUGCAAGGUGAAGAAACAGCAUCAAUUUUAAGCAAUUCUCGUCAUCCACAAACGUUAGCGUUGUUCAAAUCAGCUAAACACUUGGAGGAUAACGCUUGUAUAGAUAUUUUACGCCUGAGAACACUUAAUACUUAUGGACCAUGCGGAGACGAUAUUGUCGACAUUGAUCAAAAACUAGAAAAUGCAGCUAUCGAUACAGAGGGUGAACUUAUUGAGAACGAAUGCAAGGCCAGAAAUUUUCCAAGAAGAAAAAUCGGCAAUUUUUUCCAUGAACCACGAAUGCUGACUGUAAUCGCUUUUAUGGACCCCAUACUGGCGAACGAAGAUUUAUCUCAUAUUAGCUGUUUGUUUUCAACAAAAAAUGAUGCUAUUUGCGAAUAUAUAAGACAUAAAACUUGUUACAAAAGUACUUUGAAGCAAGUUUUCCCCGAUGAAUUUUCAAUUGAAUCCAGCAUUGAAUUACAACUCAACAAUGAUUCAAUAAUUAGGAUAGACUGGUCCGGUACUCUACUCUGGCAGAAUGGAGAUGAAUAUAUUACUUACAAAUGCAUUGAUGUUAAUGAGGAUGGCACAUGCGACCAAUAUCGAAUAUACGUGUGGAGUGACGAAGACCUUAUGGACCAACCAACCAUUCACACCAUUUACGAGGAACUGGACACUAUUUGCGUUGAUCCAACUGACUUAAUUUUUCUCAACACAUUUCCAAUAGAUGAAUGCGAUGAAAACACAUUUAUCAAAGAACCGUCGAUAAAAUGUGGUAAGAUGGCACCAUGGAGUCCAAUUAAUGUACAACUUCUUCAAGGAGUUUGGUUUUUUGCGGCGGAUAUCAAUGCAGAUCCAAAAAUUUAUAUGCAGUCAGCGGUUGUUGAAUUAAAAGCUGACGAAACAAACCAUAGUAAUGAAACCUUAACCAUCAAAUUUUUUGCACAGCGUGAAUCGGAUUUGAUAUGUAUUGGACCAGGAAGCGGCAAAGUUCAGCUCAUUGAAUCAAAUUCCACAAUAAACGUGCAAGUGGAAUACCAAUAUGGAUCGUUACAAGAAUUCCCUAAUAGUAUUAUACAAUGGCAGAACCAAGUACUUUAUUUGGAUAAUCAACGAAUGCUACUUUACUGGUGCUUUAAAAGAAACGAAAACGGAUCAUGUCUCCAGUAUGAUGUGGAUAUUCUUGUUAGGUCUAGACAUCUCGCUUAUCACGAUUUGUCACUACUUGAACCUUAUUUAAAUGCGGCUUGCGUUAAUCAAGAUCAGUUACGAUGGUUUGAUCUACAUUCACUAUGUGGUGUUGAUAUCAGUCAAACUACACGACUUAGACGGAUGAUUAUGACUCUAACUCAUAGAGAAAUUGAAAAAGUUGGAAAAUGGUUCCUUAUGUCACAUUACGAUCGAUUUCAAUAUAUAACUUACGCUUUAAUAGGAAGAUUAACAGUCGUGGAGCGUGGAAAGGCGAUUAUCAAAGUCUAUCAAUCAGCUGCACGACCUGGUUUGGCAAAAGAGUGCUUUCGACGAAUGUUUGUCCUUUUUGAAGAAGAAGAUGGUGAUGAUUUUACUUAUCAUCUAUAUUUCAAUUCCUUACUUGGACCAAAAUCUUACAUGAUAUUACGAUUUCUCUUUCUGAAUCGACAUGUUGGAGUUGUUCACGCUUGUAUGGCUUAUAACAAGACGGGCGAAUGCAUAAAACGCUUUCUUUACGUGUUAUCUCGCCACGAUUCAAUAGACCAUACUGAGCUUAUGGUGCUCGAGAGGAUCGCAAAUAGUGUAUGCUUACCUGUUGAGCAUCUCACUCACGUAUCAGUCCAUGAUAGAUGUAUCUACGAUAAUUACAAUAUAAAACUUGGUACAUUGAUAUGCUCAAGUAUAACGAACCUAGUCGUUCCAUUAAUACAAGGAUCGGAAUACAAAAUCAAAGAACGUUUCAAAAAUAACACAUUUUUCGCUAUUGCAUCGUCGAUUCCAAAUCAAUCCAAAUUUGGCAAAUGUACCGAAAGCGACGUCGCUAUAAAACUAUCAGUUGAUACUGAAAUGCUGGUGAUCGUCAAUGGCAGUGAGCUUGUUCUGCUAUCACCUUUCGGUCUAGCAAGCCCGCUAAUUAUUCAAACUGCGCAAUAUUCGGGCGAAUACCCAUGCCUCAACCCAAUAAAUUAUGAACAGCAAAACAUUGAAGGCGAAUGUAUGCGAAACGAUACGAUUGAAUUAUUACUAAAGGAAGAUGGAGUUUAUUCCCUUAUUCCUGGCGAUGAAGAACUCAGCUAUCAUAACGGAGAAGUUGGAAUGAAUGGAUCGAUAGCGUUCCUCAACGACAAGUUCGUCGUCCUUUACACUGGUUUCAAAAAGGGACAAUUAACUAUUCCAGAAGAACGCAGAGUGACCGUUUGGACAAGAACUGGAAUUAAAACCGAUGACGACGUGCGUGCGGUUCUUAAGAAGAUUUGUAUUUUAGAAGAUGACUUAGACAAUAAAACAGGAACCAGUGAAUGUUGGCAAUAA